AUGGCUGUUGCUACAGCUGCCGCCUUUUGUGGUCCACGCAAGAAUGUAUUCCGGUUUACCAGUUUAUCUCCUCUGACUACGUACGUGCGCACGCGACUUUGCUUGUUUCCGUGUCCACUUGGUUGCAUUUUCGCCCACCAGCUUGCUUGCCGCCCCUUCCGUCACCUGGGGGAACUUUGUCGUCUGGAUGCCGAAUGGCCGCAACAUAUGGAGUAA